UAUUUAUGAGCUAUGUUUACAGAAGAAUGCAUUAAUACUCUCCCCAUCGUCGUCCCGACUCGGGCACUAUUUUCACUCUCCUGAGUCUCCUCUCCAGAAAGAUGCUAUGUCUCCGAAGCUCCUUUCACCGCUCUUCCCGUGGCUUAUCUUACUGACACUUGCAUCCCUCUUUUUCUUUUAUUCUUUUGUUUCACUCUAUAGACCCUCUUCCCCAACCGUACGAUCGCUUACAGUUCCAACAUCUUCCUCAUGUAAUCUGUUCAGAGGUAUCUGGGUCUUAGAUCCAAAUCGCAAGCCAUUGUACGAUGAGACUUGCCCAUUUCACCGAAACGCAUGGAAUUGUUUGAGGAACAAGAGGGAAAAUAUGAGCCUGAUCAAUUCGUGGAAAUGGGUUCCUGAAAGUUGUGAUCUGCAGCGGAUCGACCCUUUUCAAUUUAUGGGGCUAAUGAGGAAUAAGAAUAUUGGGUUUGUUGGGGAUUCUCUGAAUGAGAAUUUCUUGGCUUCGUUUCUAUGCAUUCUGAGAAUUGCUGAUGAGGGUGCUAAGAAGUGGAAAAGGAAGGGGGCUUGGAGGGGAGCUUAUUUUCCCAAGUACAAUUUGACGGUCGCUUAUCAUCGUGCUGUUUUGCUUUCCAAAUACCAGUGGCAGCCAAAGGAAUCUGAAAAUGGACGUCAAGAGGGAUCACAAGGUAUUUAUCGAGUAGAUGUUGAUGUUCCUGCAGAUGAUUGGGUUAAUAUUGCAGGCUUCUAUGAUGUCCUUGUGUUUAACACUGGCCACUGGUGGAAUUAUGACAAAUUCCCGAAAGAGAAGCCUCUUGUAUUUUAUAGGGAUGGACAGCCAGUUGUUCCUCCACUUGAAAUGUUGGAUGGAUUAAAAGUUAUUCUUGAAAACGCUGUUUCAUACAUACAAAACAAAUUCCCAACAAAGACAUUGAAGUUCUGGCGUUUGCAAUCUCCAAGGCAUUUCUAUGGAGGAGACUGGAAUCAAAAUGGAAGCUGCUUGUUGAGCAAGCCCCUUGAGAAGCAUGAGCUUGACUUAUGGUUUGAACCCAGGAACAACGGAGUUAACAAGGAAGCAAGGCAACUGAAUAUUCUGAUUCAAGAGGCAUUGCAAGGCACUGAUAUCCAAGUGCUUGAUUUAACUCACUUGAGUGAAUUCAGAGCUGAUGCUCAUCCAGCGAUUUGGUUGGGAAGGCAGGAUGCAGUGACAAUCUGGGGUCAGGAUUGCAUGCACUGGUGUCUGCCUGGUGUCCCUGACACAUGGGUUGAUAUAUUGUCACAACUGAUCCUUAAUACAUUAGGGAGAACCAGUGGAUCAUAAAAAAUGGAAAGGUUUUUAUGUAGAUCCAGUCUAUAAAAAAUAAAAGACGAAGUCAAUACGAAGAUAGACAUGGAGUUUUUAAAGAAGUUUGGAGAGGUUGAGCUUUUCCCUUGACAAAUCAAAAUUUUUUAGACAAAGAUAGAAGUCCAACAGUAAAAACUCAACGUCUCAGGCGUGUCAUAGGUAGAUUUCAUUGAAAAAUGUAUAAAACAAUUUCAUGUCUAAUUAUGAUUAGUUUUUAUACUUAACUUGUAUAGAUUGGAUCUACCUAAAUCUUUUCUAGAAGCACGAUUAUAACUCAGGAAAUCCACUGUCAUGCGUUUGCCAUUGAAAGGUUUGUGGGCUUGUUUAUUGUGGAGAUGUGGGAAUUUUGAGGUCUUCGUUGAAGUUUCUGAGCUUGAUGCAAGAUUUAAUGCCGAUCUUGUGAAGAAAAAAUUGCAGCUUUCAAGCUGGGACGGAAGCUGUGGUUGAUUUGGUGAAGAGAAGUUGAUACCUAUGGAUGCAGCUCCGUCAACUUAUUCAAAAAAAAAUAAACUAGUGGACUCGUACCUUUUGCUCUGUGUAGAAUGUUAAGGAAGCAUUGAAGGAUCUACAUACGGGAGUCCUGGGAUAAUUAUCUCAACUCAUUCAGAACCAACAAGCCUAUUGUUGAGUACAUUAGUUAAUUAUCUGUGUGAAGUCACCGAAGAUGCUUCAAGCAGAUAAGUAACUGAUGAACUUCAGAGCCAGCUUGCUGGUUCAAAAUGAGUUGAAGUAACUAUCUCAGCAUUCUCAGAUGUAGAAGCUCCAAUGCUUCCUUUAGCAUGAGCAGUAGGGCUGUGUAAAAGUUUUUCAAUCCUGUUUGGUUCAGUCCAACCCAAGAUGGUCUCAGUCUUGUUUGGUCCAUAUAGACACCGGUCCUUCAGGACCAAAAAGACUGAAAAGACCAGACUAUUUUUUCGAGUUGAACUGGACAAGAGACUAGACAUUCAAACCACUUGGUCCAGUCUGAUCCUAUUAAUUUUUUUAUUAUAAUUAUAAUUAAUUUAUUUUUGACAAAUGUUUGAAGUGUAAUUGAUGGUAAGGAGAUAAUUGUAUGAAGAUUUGUUGAGUUUGUUUCUAAA